AUGGAGCUGCUCAGUCCCUCCAAGGUGAAGGACCGCUCUCAGAACGUCACAGAGAAGGUCACGCAGGUACUUUCCUUGGAGUCUGAUGUUCUGCCUGAAUAUAAACUUGAGGUGCCAGAGACAACAUGGUGGAUUUUGCUUCACUACAGCCCCUUCAAGGCGUUUUGGGACUGGAUUAUUCUGCUGCUGGUUCUCUACACAGCCGUUUUUACUCCUUACUCAGCAGCCUUCCUCUUGGACGAACACGGGGAUAUACGUCAAAGAAGCUGUGGCUACACUUGUAAUCCUCUGAAUGUGGCAGACCUCAUGGUGGAUGUGCUUUUCAUUGUGGAUAUAGUCAUCAACCUACGAACAACAUAUGUGGACAAUAAUGACGAAGUGGUCACGCAGCCGUGCCGGAUUGCCAAGCACUAUAUCAAGGGCUGGUUUCCCAUUGAUCUGUUUGCUGCAAUCCCGUUUGACCUUCUGAUUUUCAGAUCGGGUUCUGAUGAGAUGGCAACGUUGACAAGCCUCCUGAAAACGGCUCGACUGCUGCGACUGGUCCGUGUGGCAAGAAAGCUGGACCGGUACUCUGAAUAUGGUGCUGCUGUCCUCUUCUUGCUCAUGUGCACGUUCGUGCUCAUCGCCCACUGGCUGGCCUGCAUCUGGUACGCCAUUGGCUUCGUGGAGAGGCCUUACACAGAGACCGGCUGGCUGGACAACCUGGCCGAGCAGCUGGGAAAGACGUACAAUGACAGCGACUCCAGCUCGGGUCCGUCGGUCAAAGACAAGUACGUCACCGCUCUCUACUUCACACUGAGCAGUUUGACAAGUGUGGGCUUUGGCAACGUCUCUCCAAACACCAACUCAGAGAAGAUUUUCUCCAUCUGCGUCAUGGUCAUUGGAUCUCUCAUGUAUGCCAGCAUUUUUGGGAAUGUAUCCGCUAUCAUCCAGCGUCUAUACUCUGGUACGACUCGCUAUCACACCCAGAUGCUGCGAGUGAAAGAGUUCAUCCGCUUUCACCAAAUUCCCGGUAGUCUGCGGCAAAGGUUGGAGGAGUAUUUUCAGCACGCCUGGUCCUACACAAAUGGCAUCGACAUGAAUGCCGUGUUAAAAGGCUUUCCAGAGUCCCUACAGGGAGACAUCUGUUUGCACUUGAACCGAUCUCUGCUGCAGAACUGCAAGGCUUUUCGUGGAGGUAGCCAGGCGUGUCUCCGUGCCUUGGCGAUACGGUUCAAGACGGUCCACGCUCCUCCAGGAGACACUCUGAUCCACUAUGGAGACAUCCUGGACUCUCUGUUCUUCAUUUCACGCGGAUCCAUACAGGUCAUCAGAGAUGAUGUGGUCGUAGCCAUAUUAGAAAACAAUGACAUCUUCGGCGAGCUCAUCCAUCUGUAUGAUGAACCGGGGAAGUCCAACUCGGACGUACACACCAUCACCUACUGCGACCUUCAUCGCAUCCCAAGAGAUGACCUGCUGGAGGUGCUGGAUCUCUACCCGAGCUUUGCAGACAACUUCUGGAGGAACCUGGAGAUAACCUUUGACCUCAGAGAUGUAUGUGUUCUUCAGGCUGAUCAAGUGGCAACAAUCACCACAACGGAUGAUUCUGGUGAUGACUGUGGGUAUCGCCACAAACUGCGACACAGAACCCUGGACUGUCGGAUUCGGCCAGAUGGAAUCGAUCAUGAGGACUCGUACCCUCUCCAGUCCUGUCACCACUCACACCCCCAGGCCUGCUGGGAUGACCGUUGCAGCUGUGGAUCUCUGUGUUCCCAGUCAAGCGAGGACCUCGCCAAGCCUCUGAGCCGCGGUGCGAAAGCAGAGCUUUAUUCUCCAGAAGAAGCCAGACGGGACUACCCUCCAUCUGUAGUUCAACUGCUGCCAAGUAGCACUUCAGUGGACCGUGGCCACCAAGCUUCGUCCCUGAAUGUGCCGGGAAUGUACCAGUACUGGCCAGAGCGACAGUCUCAGAGGUUUUCCAGUCGUGCCUAUCAGUCCUCUUCUACUCGUACCUCGUGCCACCCACCGCCGUUCACAGAAGACAGGCCCAGUGAGCUCGAGAGUCGACUGGAGGUUUUGCAUUCACAGCUCAACAGACUGGAAACUCGAAUGACGGCUGACAUAAACGUCAUCCUGCAGCUCCUCCAGAGGCAGAUGGCUCCUGUUCCUCCAGCCUACAGCACAGUAUCAUCCGGCACCCUCCCCACCGAUUCGUAUGGGUCAGGAACUCCGGUGCUUCACAGCAUGUAUCCCAUUUCCCCCGUACAAAUGGACAAUUGUGCAACCACACAGAACUCUGCCCAGACUGACCUCAAAUGUGCCAAGAAGUCUCAGGAGUCGCUCUCCAGCGGGAUCCACGUGACCGUGACCUCCGACGACACCACGUCACCGACCGUCACCCCAGAAACAGACGGCAGCGCAGGCUUACCUCCACAGACGCCCCUGGGAUCGGCGAACCCCUCCUUCACGGCACACUCCGGGCUGUGUGGGGCCCUCCGCUACCCCUCGCUGCCGGGCAACCUGGACCUCACCUCAGAACUGACCCAGGUCCAGAAACACCUGUCAGACCCGGUGCUGCCCGUUACCUGA